ACGCCUGUGUUAGAGCCAGACAUGUGUCUCAACUCAAGUGGUGGUUUUAAGAAAGAAAGUUCUGGAUAAAGCAGAAGACUAUUCAGGACCUUCCUUGUGCUGUGAGCCGUUGCACGCCAUCAGAUUGUGCAACAUCCUGCUUCCUAUAGAGGCACUAUAAUAGGAACUACUCACUGCAAAUCACUAUGGCGCAAAAUCAUGUAAUGCUAAAUAGCCAAGAUUUCCCAUGUCCCAUAUGUCUGGAGCUGCUUAAAGACCCAGUAACGAUCCCUUGCGGGCACAAUUACUGUCAGGGCUGCAUUUGGGAAUGCUGGGUCAGAAAUGAUGGCUCAGAGACAGUCAGCUGUCCCACGUGUAGAGAAUCCUUCACACCCAUGCCAAUUCUACGAAAAAACAUACUACUUGCUGAGACCGUGGACAGGCUAAGAAGAACACACUGCUCUACUUCACCUGCUAUUGCUGCCUCUGUUUCCGCUGCUUCAAAUUAUCGACCACACCGUGGCUCUGCCUACACUACAAUGAAUGUUCAACAACAACCUGCCACUGCUUCCAGGGCUACAAAUGUUCGACAUCAAGGCGCAUCUGCUUCCACGGCAACAAAUGUUCAACAACAACAUGCCUCUACCUUCACUGCUACAAAUGUUCAACAACAACGUGCCUCUGUCUUCACUGCUACAAAUGUGCGACAAGAACGUGCCGUUGCUUCCACACCUACAAAUGUUCGACAACAACGCACCUCUGCUUCCAGGGCUACAAAUGUCGGACAACAACGUGCCUCUGCUUCCACUGCUACAAAUGUUCGACAACAACAUGCUGCUGCUUCCAGGACUACAAAUGUUGGACAACAACGUGCCUCUGCUUCCACUGCUACAAAUGUUCGACAACAACGUGCUGCUGCUUCCACUGCUACAAAUGUUCGACAACAACGUGCUGCUGCUUCCACUGCUACAAAUGUUGGACAACAACGUGCCUCUGCUUCCAGGGCUACAAAUGUUGGACAACAACGCACCUCUACUUCCACAGCUACAAAUGUUGGACAACAACGUGCCUCUGCUUUCACAGCUACAAAUGUUCGACAACAAGGUGCCUCUGCUUCUACGGCUACAAAUGUACAACAACAACAACGUGCUUCUGCCUUCACUGCAAUGAAUGUUCUCUGGCCACGUGUGCUGGCGAUGUUGUUGGCCUGUGUGGCCUUUAGUGUGGCACUUGAUGGUGGGAUGGUGGAGGACCAGUCAGUGGGCACGUGGUGUCUUUUCAGCUGGGAAUUUUGCUUCAUUGGCACACUGCUGGUGCUACUGAUGGAUCUAUGCAAGUUGCCAUCAUGCGUACCUGUCUUUUGGGAGAACUUCUCCAUCACCUUUGCCUGCUUUGCCUCCCUCUUCUGCCUCACCGCAUCCAUCACAUUUGCACUGCAUUUUGUAAAAGGCUUCUUCAUGCACGGUGUGUCCUACAACUACCGUGUUGUCUCACUGGUCUUCUCCUGCUUUGCCACCAUUGCCUAUCUGAUGGAGGUGAACAUCAGCAAAGCACGGUCAGACACCAACAGGGACAGGCCGACUGCUUAUAUGACCACAGAGCCUGGUCUGCUGAAGGUGUAUGAAACAUUUGUGGCUGGCAUCAUCUUUGUGUUCAUUAAUGACCCCAAUGCCUAUGAGAGUCAUGCAGCCAUCAAGUGGUGCAUGGCUGUCUAUUGCGUCUGCUUCAUCAUGUCCAGCAUGGUCAUCAUCCUGUCCGUUGGGAAUUGCUCUGACUGUUUUACCUUCCCCAUCUCAUGCUUCCCAUCCUUCAACACCUUGUUGGCCGUAAUUAUGUAUCUGACAGCCACCAUCAUCUGGCCCAUCUAUAAGUUUGACACGCUGCAUGGGGGAAGCCCCUCAAGGCCCAGUGAAUGCAGCAGCAGCAGCAACCCAGACCUUUGCCCAUUUGACAAGCUGAUCGUUGUGGCUGUGCUCACCAGUGUGAACUUCAUACUUUACCUGGCAGAUCUGAUAUACUCUGUCAUACAGUUAGAGGAGGUUGACGAAAAUCCAUAUAGCCAAUUCUGACACUUAUCAGUGUCAUUUUUCCUGAUAUUUGUUUAAAUGUACCCUCUUGUGUUGAUGGCAGUUUGAUUUCACUUAAAGGGAUAUUCUGCCAUUUUUGGAAAUAAGCUCAUUUUCCACCUCCCCAAAAAACAAAUGAUAUUUACCUUUUUUCCGUUCAUCCAGCCAUUCUGUGAGUCUGGCCAUACAACUUUUAGCUUCAGCCUAGCAUAGAUCAUUGAAACGGAUUAGACCAGUAGCAUCUCGCCUGCUAGCAUCAUGUUUAAAAGUGACUACGAUUUCCGAUAAUUUAACAGUGUGAUAUACAUUAAUUGUGUGCCCUGUGAUCAAAGCCUAAUCUCUGUACAGCAUUCUCUCCACAACCUCCAUCUUUAUCUCAAUUAAAAAAAGACCAAAGGUACACUGUUAAAUUAAUGAAGUCAUAACAUCUGGGUGGUACUGACAGUGAUAUUUGUUUUCAUCCUCAAAGCCUCAUCCAUCUAGCAACAUCAACUGACUUGAUGAAAUUUAGAUAUUGUGUCGAUAUCGUGUUGUACAAUAGUUACUGAUUUACUGUGGGUGGGGCUCUUCUUCCUUGGUGUAACCUACAUUUGUGAAAGUUUCCCCCUGCAAGCUGGAUCAAAUUAAUUGAUAACCUUUUAUAAAGAGUAGACACACAGGAAACAAGUUAAAGUCAUACAAUAGAAAUGUUGUAUUUGUUCAAAGUGUCAAGCAGUCUGGAAAAACAGUCUCU